GGAUUUCUGGGAGAAUUAACAAUGUCGCUGCAUCACACGGUCCGGUGAGAGCGCGCGGCAGGACUCUGGGAUUAUUAUACACCUGCAGGAUUUCAGCUCAGUGCGGGGCAUCAUGAUCCGCUUCAUCCUGCUGUUCAGCCGUCAGGGGAAGCUCCGUCUGCAGAAGUGGUUCACGCCGAUGACAGACCGGGAGAAGAAGAAGGUGAUCCGCGACAUGAUGAUGACGGUGCUGGCCCGGCAGCCGCGCUCCUCCAACUUCCUCCAGUGGAGGGACCUCAAGAUCGUUUACAAGAGGUACGCCAGCCUGUAUUUCUGCACUGGGCUGGAGGAGCAGGACAAUGAGCUGCUCGCCCUCGAAGUGCUGCACAGAUACGUGGAGCUGCUGGAUAAAUACUUCGGGAAUGUGUGCGAACUCGACAUCAUCUUCAACUUCGAGAAGGCCUAUUUCAUCCUGGACGAGUUCCUGAUGGGCGGAGAAGUCUUAGAAACGUCCAAGGUUGCAGUGGCUGUUUCUCUGGAGCAGGCGGACACGCUCCAGGAGACAAUGGAGGAAUACAUGAACAAACCUGCCUACUGAGCCCAGACAGGACAAGGUCGUUUCACGUGAAGACCUGAAGCAAAGCGGCCCGUGCGCUGUUUCUGUGUAAUUAUUGUACGUUUGCAUCUGCAAGUGCCUCUUAAGCCUCAUAUUUAUUCAUCUCAGAGUUGUAUGGGAGGAAAUACAACUGAUAAAAGCCUUGUUUCAAUUCAAUUAACUCCACCUGAGGUUUUUUUAAGACGUGCUUGUGUCGAGUGACGGUGAGCAAAUGGAGAAACAAUACACAGUAA